UUUUGAUUUUUAGCAAUGGCUACUCUUUCUUACUACACUCUUAUUCAUCCUCUAUCUUCUUCUUCUUCUUCUUCGAACUUGGUUCACCUUUGUCCAUGUUCUUCUACCUCUUCUCACGCUCUUCCCCGACCCAAGUUCCAAUUCCCCUCCAAACGAAGACGCAAAGCAACCAAGCCCAAGCUUUUGAUGAUCAUCGAUCCCAUUUUGCUGUUUAACGGCGUUGGCACCACUUUGUAUUUCGAUACGCAAACACUUCUCGCCACUGUUAGUGUUCUGGCCGCCAUUGCUCUUUCUCUCUUCCUUGGCUUUAAGGGGGAUCCGGUUCCUUGUGAGCGUUGUGGUGGCAACGGUGGAACAAAAUGUGUUUUUUGCAACGAUGGCAAGAUGAAGCAAGAUAUGGGGUUAAUUGACUGUAAAGUAUGCAAAGGCUCAGAACGAAUCAUUGGCUCACUUUCUUUUACCACCUUUAAGAGAUAUUAUAUAAUGUUGAUGUGUGAAAAUCAACAUAUUGUAUCUCCACAAGAGAAGAAAAAGAAUAUUAUACUCUUUUUCAUACCGGAAGGAUAACAUAUUCAAGGCCUUAACGGUUCUUUCCCCGUGUUUCCCCCUUAUAGGAUUGAUACUCUGCAAGAGAUGUGGAGGUUCUGGCUAUUCCCGUCGGCUAUGAGCAGUGAAUAUUCUGUUAUUUCUAAACACCAUCUGUUCUAAAAUCUGUAUAAUCUUGUAACAAUUUUAUUGUUCAUAGUGUCUUUUUUUGUGAAUUGUUUUAAUUAUGUUGCUCUGCUUCCGUUUGAUGUCUUGGCUAAUUGCUUUUUGCAU